CUAGAGCUUGUUGACUGCUGCUUGUUGUUGGCAAGCAUCCAUUGCUUGUCAUUGAGAACUCUAUCACCAGGCGUUCUUCGAUCCCCCAUGGCCGGCGGGACGGGCUCCUCCGUCAGACGGCGUACGGCAGCGUCCCGCUACUCGUGAACGACGCCGAAUUCUAUUGCUGCGUAGCAAAUUGACUCUUAAAAACCUGCCUCCCCUGAUGGCCGGCGGGACGGGCUCCUCGGUCAGGCGGCGUACGGCAGCGUCCCGCUACCCGUGGUCCACGCGGCAGUGCCUCUUAUGCGUGCUGGCCGUGGCCGCUCUUAACGUGCUGCUCUUCCACCUCCACGGAGAUAGUAUCGAGGCUGCUUCUAGAGGGUUCCGUGCCUUUUUACUAGAGAGCAGUGGGCGAAAGGAUGCAGGGGGGGAAGAUGCAGAGGGGGAGUCAGCCUGGCGUGCAGGGGAGGGGGAAACGGGGAGGGGGGAACGGGGGGUGGGGAAGCGGAGCCAACAACGGACAUUAACAUGAAGCGAGUUUAUGACAGUAUCAAGUUUGAUAACGUGGCGGGGGGCAAGUGGACCCAGGGGUGGAAGCUUGGGUACAAGGGGCACGAGUGGGACGAGGAGCCCUUGAGGGUGUUUGUGGUGCCGCACUCGCACAACGACCCCGGGUGGCUGCUCACAGUGGAGCAGUACUACAACGCGUCGUCCCAACACAUCCUGCACACCAUCCUGCGCUCCCUCUCGCAGUCCCCCACUCGUAAGUUCAUCUGGGAGGAGAUGUCGUAUUUGAGCCGGUGGUGGAUGGACGCCAGCGAGGAGGAGAGGGAGGGGAUGAGGGCGCUGGUGCGGUCAGGCCAGCUGGAGAUCGUGGGGGGCGGGUGGGUCAUGAACGACGAGGCCAAUUCGCAUUACUAUGCGAUCAUAGAACAGCUUACCGAGGGCAACACGUGGCUGUAUGACACAUUGGGAGUGGCGCCCACCAACAGCUGGGCCAUUGACCCCUUCGGUCAUUCUGCCACCAUGCCGUACCUGCUGCGGAGAUCCGGGUUCUCCAACAUGUUGAUUCAGCGCACCCACUACGAGGUCAAGAAGGCCUUAGCGAAGCAGAAGCAACUAGAGUUCUUCUGGAGGCAGGCUUGGGACAAAUCCGGAGGUAGGAUGGCGGGUGGGUUGUCGCAAGAGAAGGGGGGGGCAGCAGCAGGAGUAGCAGCAGGAGCAGCGGCGGCAGCGGCGGCAACAGAAGGUUCCCGGAAAGAGGAACAGGAGGAGGACACAGGGGAGACUGGCAGUGAAGAUAACCUAAAUGCGCUGCUGAAGGGGGAAGGCGAGGGGGGGAGCACGGACAUUGUGUGCCACAUGAUGCCCUUCUAUUCGUACGACAUCCCGCACACAUGCGGACCCACUCCGGGCGUGUGCUGCCAGUUUGACUUUCUGCGCAAGUUAGGGACAAGCGUCUGGUGCCCAUGGGGGCAAGAUUCGAUACCGAUAACGAGGGACAACGUCGCACAGCGAGCGCAGCUGCUAGUGGAUCAGUGGCGCAAGAAGUCUCUGCUAUUCAGAACCAACGUGCUGCUGGUCCCUCUGGGGGACGACUUCCGCUACUCGUCCAUGCUCGAGGCCCACGACCAAUUCCACAACUACGAGCUGCUCUUCCGCUUCAUCAAUUCAAGAAAGUCUCUUAAAGUCAACGCCAGCUUCGGCACCCUCGAGGACUAUUUCGCUGCCAUGCGCGCCGCCUCCUCCCGCCAGAGGGCAACGCAGAGAGCAAACCAGCUUCGCCUGAACCAUUCUGGGAUCCAUUCAAGCGGGCUCGACUCGAAGGGGCUUCAUUCCAGCGAGCUCAGAUCAGCCGUUGGCUCUCACGGGCACCGGGACCAAAGCCAGGACCGGCUCUUAGCUGAGAGAAAUGCUUACCAGAAUGCUGAUCCCGCGAGCCAGUUCCGGCCUCUGCUCCCGUCGUUAUCGGGGGACUUUUUCACGUACGCGGAUCGGGACCAGGACUACUGGAGCGGGUACUUCACCUCGCGGCCGUUCUGGAAGGCCGUGGAUCGCGCGCUUGAGGCCAACCUCAGGGCGGCUGAUAUCCUCUACGCGCUGUGCUGGUCCGAUCUAGGAAGUGCUCAACAGACCAAGGAUUCGCCACGCAGUGACCUGCCGUUCCCCCUCAAUUUUGCAGAGCGGCUGGUGCUAGCGCGGCGCAACCUGGCGCUGUUUCAGCACCACGACGGCAUCACCGGGACGGCGAAGGAGCAUGUGGUGAAGGACUACAGCGUGAGGAUGCACGAGGCGCUGACAGACCUCAAUGACUUAAUGAGUGCCGCAGUCGCUGCCCUUCUUCUCGAAGCUCCCAACCCUUCUGCACCAACCUCCGCUGCUCUCAACCCUUCUGCACCGACCUCCACCGCUCUCAACUCCACCAUCCUCCCCCAGCAGCCCUCCUCACUUCAAGCAGAGCGGUGGAGAUCGGUGCAUGACGGUCCAUGGGAGAGACGGGUAGUCGGGAGUGGGGUGGGGGGAGGUGGGGGAAAAGAGGGGCAGCUGGAUGCGAGAAGAGUGGUGGUGUUCAACCCUUUGGAGGAAGAGAGGAGAGAGAUAAUAUCAGUCCUCGUCAAAUCCCCUUCCGUAGCAAUUGUCGGGCAGGGCGGAAAAUGUUUCCCUGGGCAGCUGCUGCCCGAGUGGUCGAAAGGCAACAUGACCGUGACUCCUUCCUCCGGCCGGCACCGUCUUUUCUGGGAAGCUUCCGUCCCACCCUUGGGCCUUUCCACCUACUUUAUAGUCCCCCAAGCUGCUGUGCCGGCCUGCCCUGCUCCUGCCCUGUCGUCCAUAUCUGUUUUCAACCCCCCUCCGGGGUUUGUGUGCCCGGUGCCAUAUGCGUGUGAGAUGGUGGGAGGAGGGGAGGAGGGGAGUGGUGGAGGAGGAGAGAAUGAUGGUGGUGCUGCUGAUGCUGCUGGUGCUGAUGCUGCUGGUGCUGAUGGUGCUGUUAGUGGUGGUAGCAAGUUCUCUAUAUCCAACGGCAACUUCCGAGUAGAAUUUGGGCGAAUGGAUGGGCUCAUCAAAGGCAUCAAGAUCCCCCAUAUGCCAGCUCCACUGCCUGUCAGAGAGCAGUUUGCUCUCUACGCUAGCUCAGGGGGAGCCUAUCUCUUUCUGCCACAUGGCGCUGCCGUUCCUAUAGUGAAGGAGCAGCAGAGAGGGGGGAGAUUGAAGAAGGAGAAGGAGGGGAGUGUGUCUGGGAGAGGUAAGGGGGACAAGGGGGAGGGUGCGCAUGAGAGGGUUAAGGGGGAGGAUGGAGGGUCUACUUCGUUAGUGUGCAGAGGACCGCUUGUGGAGGAGGUGCAUACACGGUUCAGAUUCACUUAUCCGAACGAUUGGACGGCUGAGAUGCAAGCUGAUGCUGUUGACCCCUUGGGGGAGGGGGAGGGGGAGGAGGGGAGUGAGGUUAGUGGUGGUUGGCUGGUGGACGAGAAAGCUGCCUCUGCUACAGCAAGGAAGCUGCUGGUUAGUGAUAGUGAGGGAGACAAUAACGAGGAUGAGAGGAUCACCCGUAAAAGUGAGAGUAGCGAAAGUGAGGCUAGUGAGGAGAGGGAUCUGACGCUGCUAGACGCAGGCCGGUUUGAAGGGAGGGAGAAUGGGUCUGGUGGGGUGCUGUUCGGUGCAGAGCAGCAAGCAGCGCUUGAAAGGGUGCUGGAGAGACAGGAGAGAGAGCUGAAGGAGAGCGAACAGGGAGAGGAGGGGGGAGAGGGUUUCGGGUUUAAUGUGGGAGAAGGAGAGGGGAGAAGGGAGAGGGCAGCAGAGCUGCAGGGAGGGCGUGAGGGAGCAAGUGAGGCAGUGAGUGAGGGAGCGAGUGAGGGAGUGAGUGAGGGAGCGAGUGAAGGAGUGAGUGAGGAAGCGAGUGAGGGAGUGAGUGAGGAGGAGUUGGACAUAUUGCAUCCGCGGCACUUUGAAGGGAAAGAAGCACCGGGAGGGGUAGUGUGGCUGACUGGCGAGCAGCAGCGGGUGUUUGGCAAGUGGCUGGAGCAGACACAACCAGAGGAGAGUAGCAUUGAGGGAGCGAGUGAGGGGGUGAGUGAGGGGGCGAGUAAGAGGGCGAGUGAGAGGGCGAGUGAGGGAGUGAGUGAGGGAGCGAGUGAGGAAGCAAGUGAGGGAGCAAGUGAGAGAGCAAGUGAGGGAGCAAGUGAGGGAGUAAGCGAGGGAGCAAACAAGGGAGUGAGUGAGGAGGAGUUGGACAUAUUGCAUCCGCGGCACUUUGAGGGGAAGGAAGCACCGGGAGGGGUGGUGUGGUUGACUGGCGAGCAGCAGCGGGUGUUUGGCAAGUGGCUGGAGCAGACACAGCCAGAGGAGAGUAGUAGUGAGGGAGCGAGUGAGGGGGUGAGUGAGGGGGCGAGUGAGAGGGCGAGUGAGGGAGUGAGUGAGGGAGUGAGUGAGGGAGCGAGUGAGGGAACAAGUGAGGGAGCAAGUGAGAGAGCAAGUGAGGGAGCAAGUGAGGGAGUAAGCGAGGGAGCAAACAAGGGAGUGAGUGAGGAGGAAUUGGACAUAUUGCAUCCGCGGCACUUUGAGGGGAAGGAAGCACCGGGAGGGGUGGUGUGGUUGACUGGCGAGCAGCAGCGGGUGUUUGGCAAGUGGCUGGAGCAGACACAGCCAGAGGAGAGUAGCAGUGAGGGAGUGAGUGAGGGGGCGAGUGAGGGGGCGAGUGAGAGGGCGAGUGAGGGAGUGAGUGAGGGAGCGAGUGAGGAAGCAAGUGAGGGAGCAAGUGAGAGAGCAAGUGAGGGAGCAAGUGAGGGAGUCAGCGAGGGAGCAAACAAGGGAGUGAGUGAGGAGGAGUUGGACAUAUUGCAUCCGCGGCACUUUGAGGGGAAGGAAGCACCGGGAGGGGUGGUGUGGUUGACUGGCGAGCAGCAGCGGGUGUUUGGCAAAUGGCUGGAGCAGACACAGCCAGCGAAGGAGGAGGGGACUGAGGGUGUGGAGGCCGGGGCACAAGGGAAGCAGGGUAGAAUACAGGGGGAUGAAGACGCCAGGAAUGGUAGUGUUGCAGUGCUGGAUGUUGCACCACCGCACCUUGCAGCACCGCACCUUGCAGCAGCGCACCUAGAGGCGGUAGGGGAAGCAGCGGCUCGUGUAGAUAUGGCUCCAGCAGAUACGGCUCGGGCAGAUGGGGCUCGGGCAGAUGCGGAGAGGCAGCGGGCGGAGCGGCAGGCGAAGCGGAAGGAGUGGAUCAGAGAGGUGCAGCGGAGGCGGGAGGAGGGGAGGAAGCGGAAGAAGGGGAGGCCCACCUGGCUGGACGACGACUUCAGCUACAACCUGCUCUCACCUGCUGAUGCUGCAUCGACGGACGGCCUGGACGAGUGGUUCGGAGGGAACGAGCAAGCGACAGGGGAGGAAGAGGGACUAGGGAAGAGGGGGGAAGCGGUGGGGACGAGUUGGGUUGAAAAUGUGGCGAAGGAGAGGCGGGAGUGGAUUGAGGCGAGGAGGAGGCAGAGAGGAAGUGGUGGUGCUGGUGGUGGUGGUGGUGUUGGUGGUGGUGACAAAGGGGAGGGUAAAGCAAGGCAAGAGAGGAUCACGAGGAGGAGAAGGGAUGAGGAGGAGGAGGAGGAGGAGGAUGGAGAGGACGAUUCUCAGUCGGCUGUUCAGCAUCAGAGCAAGGGCCCACCAGAGCCAGUGGUGCGCACAGUGACUCUCUACAAGGUGCAGUCGGUGCAGGCGCUGCUGGUGGAGGUGCAGCACCGCGUGGACCUCACAAACAAGAUGUGGCUCGGCAACAAGGAGCUCGUGGUCCGGUACCGAACCGGAAUCAGGUCCGGCAACGUUUUUUUCACUGACUUGAAUGGAUUCCAGACCAUCCGAAGGGAAACCCUCUCGCGCGUUCCCAUCCAGGGCAACUUCUACCCCAUGCCCGCCCUCGCCUUCCUGCAAGACCCCUCUGGCCUUCGCUUCUCCGUGCACACACGCCAGGCGGUGGGGGCUGCCAGUUUAACGAGUGGCUGGCUCGAGAUGGUGCUGGACAGACGCCUAAACCAGGACGAUGGCAGGGGCCUCACCCAGGGAGUAACUGACAACCGGCCGCUGCUCUCCCUCUUCCACCUCCUCCUAGAGGCCAACACCUCCUCCCGCCCUGCCCCCUCCCCCUCCUCCUCCGCGCCUCUCAACCCCUCCCUCCUCUCCCACCGCAUCUCCUCCCACCUCAACUACCAGCCCCUUCUUUUCAUCGGGCAGCCCGAAAAUUCCUCGGCUCUGAGUGAACUGGUGGUGCAGGGAGGCUCGGGCAGAGAAACGAAGGCUGGUAGUCAGGGGGGGAAGGUUCGGGAGGAGGGGAGAGGAGGUGGGAGGUGGGAGAAGCAGCAGGGGCGGAAGGCAGGUCCGGGAAAAGCCUUGGCAGAAGGCUCGGCAGGAGGUUUGGCGGGAGGUUCGGCAGUAGGUUCGGAGGAGGGAAGGGCGACGUUGGGGGGAUGGGAGUGGGGCUACGCUCCCUUGUCUGGUCCUCUGCCUUGCGACAUGCACAUUGUGUCGCUCAAAGUGCACCGCCCUCUGCCUAAUGCCUCGGCCUCUUCCGAACCCCCCAUUGCCCUCCUGCUUCACCGACGUGGUGUUGACCGCAGCUUUGCUCCUCCUCCCCAGCUGCGCCAUUCGUGCCGCCCCACGCCUGCUUCUGGCGCCGUGUCUCUAGAGCAACUGUUUUCCGACAGGUCGGUGGAGGGGGUGCAGGAGUUUCCCUUGAAUCUAGUUCGGAAGAACGCCAGCAGUUUGCAUGGGCAUGAAAGUGGCGCUGGAUUGGGAAAGAGGCGAAGUGCCAAUGUGAGUGAGUAUAUUGGGCCUAUGGAAAUAAAGGCGUUCAAAUUCUGGCUAAGGAGCCACCACCGGGAUUCGUAAGCUCCUGUGUCAUAAAAAUGGAUGCGUGUCCUAUAAGUAGACUUUUGUGACUUCUUUUUCUCAAAGGGCUUCAGAUUGGUUUUGGUUGGACAAGGUUGAUAAGUGUCAUUUGGCAUGUUUUUGCAUUUUCCUAUGAGGAAGUGACAUGAAUGUGUAGAUAGUACGGAGUUUGAAGGUGGUAG